AUGACCACCGCACAGCGGCCUGAAGGGCCCAUCGACGCCGAAGCGCGUCCCAUCUCGCCCGCGACCCAAGGCGAUGACGGCGAGCAGGACGUUCGCCUCCGGCCGGCCCGCCUCGAGGAUUUCGUCGGCCAGCCCCAGGUGCGCGAGAACCUCAGCAUCGCCAUGCAGGCCGCCCGCAUCCGCGGCGAGGCCCUCGACCACGUUGUCAUCUAUGGCCCUCCCGGCCUCGGCAAGACCACCCUCGCCAACAUCAUCGCCCACGAGAUGGGCUCCACCAUCAAGGUCACUUCGGGGCCGGCCAUCGAGCGCGCCAGCGACAUCGCGUCAAUCCUGACCGGCCUCCAGCCCAACGACAUCCUCUUCAUCGACGAAAUUCAUCGUCUCAACCGCGCCGUCGAGGAGGUGAUGUACUCGGCCAUGGAGGACUUCUUCCUCUCCUGGGUCGUGGGCAAGGGUCUUUCCGCCCGCAGCAUCAACCUGCGCAUCAACCCCUUCACCCUGGUCGGGGCCACCACCCGCUACUCCCUGAUCGGCGCCCCCCUCCGCACCCGUUUCGGCUCCGUGUUCCGCCUCGACUACUAUUCCGACGCCGACAUGGAAACCGUGGUGAACCGCUCGGCCCGCAUCAUGGACAUCGAUUCUGAGGGCGAGGGCCUGCGCGAGGUCGCCAUCCGUUCUCGCGGCACCCCCCGCAUCGCCAAUCGCCUGCUGCGCCGCGCCCGCGACUACGCCCUGGUCCGCGCCGAUAACCGCGUCACCGGCCCCGUGGCGCGCGAAUCCCUCGACCGCCUCGGCGUCGAUGCCCGUGGCCUGGACGAAACCGACCACCGCCUGCUCACGAACAUCAUCGAGAAGUUCGCCGGCGGACCCGUUGGCCUCGACACCCUUGUCCGCUUCCCUCAGCGAGGACGCCAGCACGGUCAUGGAAGUCCUGGAGCCUUUCUUGCUCCAACAGGGCUUUCUGGAGCGCACCCCCCGUGGCCGCGUCGCCACCCGCCACGCCUACGAAUACCUCGGCUGGCCGUGGGCCGGUACCGGCGUGGACCCCAACCGACAGGGCCAUCUGUUCGGCGCUUGACAUAA